UGAUGAAGUGUGUACGUUUCAUCUUGGUUUCAGUAUGUUUUUCUAUUUCAGGCGUUCGUCUGGAGAAUGUGUAAAAUUGGCUUGUUGAUAAGUAGAAUUGUGUAUAAAGUGUGUGACGGCGGCAAGAUCAGUAGUUAAUCAUGUGGAAUGAAGAACAGGAGGAUGAGCUGUUGGCUCUUCAAAGUAUUUACGAAGAUGAGAAAAUUUUUAUCCGAGCAGAUGACAAAAAAGGUGGGAAAUUGACAUUACCAUUGCAGCUGCCGCAACAGCCUUUCUACAUCAAGCUAUCAGAUAAACAGGCAAAACAAGCAUUAAAUUUGGGUGGAAAACUCAAGGAGGAGAAGGAUGGAACAUGCCUUGCAGUUGAACACCUACCACCACUUGUACUUCACUUUCAGUAUCCCAAGACCUACCCAAGUACGGAUUCACCUUCAUUUACUCUACUAUCAAAGUGGUUACCAACAAGCAUGCUGAGUUGCCUGUGUACACAGUUGGAUAACAUUUGGCAGGAAAACCAAGGAACAGUCAUCAUGUACUCUUGGUCUAAUUUUCUAAUCAAUGAGGCUCUAUCAUACCUAAAAAUAACAUCUCCACACGAAUUAAACUUUGGCUUUAAUUCAGAUAAAUCGUCCAGAUCAUCUGAGGUAAAUCCCGAUUCUCCACAAUCACAUGCACCAAAAUUAGAGGGACGAACGUUAGAGGUUGUUGACCCCAGAGCCGUCCAAGAUAUUGCGUCUCCAUCACUCCUUCUAAAAAUUAUUAUAGAAUAUGACAGAGAUCAGAGUCAAGAGGAAUUCAAAAAAAGUUAUUUUCUGUGUAGUGUUUGUUUCGCUGAAAAACUUGGAAGUGAGAGUAUGAAGUUCUAUGAGUGUAAUCAUGUUUACUGCAACGUGUGUUUGAAGAGCUAUUUUGAGGUACAAAUUAAAGAUGGAAACGUUAAGUGCCUCACCUGCCCAAAUCUAAAGUGCGACUCACAAGCAACACCUUGUCAAGUUCACAGUCUGGUAGGCAAUGAGCUGUAUGCCCAAUAUGACCGGCUGCUUCUAGAGUCUUCCCUUCAAAGCAUGGAUGACAUUGUGUACUGCCCUCGUGUUCAAUGUCAGACUCCAGUGAUAAUGGAGAAGGGCUCAAGUUUAGGUCAAUGCCCCAAAUGUCAUCUUACCUUUUGUUUUUUCUGCCGUAUGACAUAUCAUGGGGUUUCGCCUUGCAGGGUGCGUAAAGAAGAAUUACAGAAAAUUCGAGAAGAGUAUGAGAAAGGAGAUGAGAACAAGAAAAUAUACCUGGAACAUCGCUAUGGGAAACGAACAAUUCAACGCGCUCUUGAAGAGCUUCACAGUGAAGAAUGGUUGCAUAGCAACAGCAAACUGUGUCCUUCAUGUGGAGCACACAUACAGAAAAUUGAUGGUUGCAACAAGAUGACAUGUAUGAAAUGCCGAACUUAUUUUUGUUGGUUGUGUUCUCAAGUUCUUUCCUCCAGUAAUCCAUACAGCCAUUUUAACAACCAAACUAUUCCUUGCUUUAACCAGCUCUUCCAAGGCAUGGAUACAGAGGGGGAAGAAUUUGAACAGCUGGAGAAUUAUGUUUUUGAAGAAUAAUUCAGAUAUAAUGUAUAUAUUUAAGAAAGAUACUAAUCAGCAGAAACAAAUAUUUUAUUUUAUAUGUUGGUAAGCUGUCAGUUGCAAAGGUGGAGGCAGUGAUAAGGAAAGUAGUAUUAUGUACCCAAAGUUUUAAUUGUAAAAAAC